CGUUAUCGUUGAGUGCCUGUAUAAAUUGAAAUCUUUGCGGCCGACAUAACAUUUAAAAUGAUUGGCAUUGUUGUUUAAUACACUUAAAUAUCGAUGAUAAAAUAGUACCUAUCAUGAAAUAUGUUGGUCGUAAAUGUAUGUAAUAUGCAUAUUUUUUAUCCUCCCUUCACCACAAUGAUGUUUUGCAAGUGAUGCUAGCUUAGCAGCUACUCAACCCUCAGGUUUCGGACUGGUGCGGGAAGGAGAUGCAAUGGAUGGAUGCUAUACCCGCCGCGGUUUAUUAACGAUGAGGCGUAGUGUAAAUAAACGCUGUCCAUUUGGACACAGUUGUCUAUUACUUUGCAUAAGUGUGGAAGGUUGCUAACUCCUAAGUCAGUGAGUAGCUGGCAUAAACUACGUUUUGGUUAUUGUUUGACGAUAAACGCUAGCCGAAGCUGUCUAAAUUGCUACCUUUUACAGCUAGCACUUCCUUGCUGGCUAACAUUUAUCACCAAAGUCCCCAGCCUCAGGAAUGUUUUCCAAAAAGCCCCAUGGGGACGUCAGAAAAUCAACACAGAAAGUGUUGGACCCAAAGAAGGACGUCUUAACGAGGCUCAAACAUCUGAGAAUAGUCAUAGAAAAUGCUGAGUCAUCAGAGCUGAAGCAGUUCUUCGACCUGAACUACUCCCACAUCUACUAUGUUUUCUUUGAGAACUUCAUCACCAUUGAGGUCAACCUCAAACAAAAGGGUCACAAGUCUCAGAGGGAGGAGUUGGACUCUAUCCUCUUCAUUUUUGAGAAAAUCCUGCAGCUCCUACCAGAGAGAAUCCAGAGCCGAUGGCAGUUCCACAGCAUUGGGCUGAUCUUGAAAAAGCUGUUGCAUACCGGGAACUCUUUGAAGAUCCGCCGUGAAGGAGUGCGCUUGUUCCUUCUGUGGAUGCAGGCAUUACAGAGUCAUGCACAGCGUGAGCAACUCUGUAUGUUUGCCUGUCUAAUUCCUGGCUUCCCAGCUCCACUCUGCCACGGGUCUCCACACACUUUGGAUACUCUGAUCAACCCACCACUGAGUUUAACAGAGACUCAGGUGACCCCAGAAGAGAUCACUCCUUUGGUUUCUCCCCAGUCAGGGGACAAGAACCAGGAGGACCUUACUGCUUACUUCCUUGAAGCCCUUUUGAAAUACAUGGUAAACCAGGCCAAGUCCCUCGAGUGGCGUUGUAAAGAGAAUCAUGAACGUGGCUUCAGCUUCCUCUUUGGUAACUUCAGGAAGUUUUACCUUCCUCACAUAUUUCCUAACUUUGCAAUGGAAACCAGCCUAUACAAUCCCAUACUAGAAGUUCCCCCUAUGCGUCCCAAGCCGUAUUACAGUGUGGUGCGUAGGGAGAAUGAUGUUGGCGAAGUGCUCUACUGCACCAAGGACAGUUUCCUUCAGGCCCGAGUCAUCUUCAUCCGCUGGCUGGUUUCCUUUUGGCUGGAGCCACGACCCAACACACAAACACAGAUUCCGGGAACAGAGGGCGAGAACGUCCCCAAGAACAUACAGAGAGCAGCAGCUGGACUCGCUGCUCGCUCUGCUGCUAGCUCUGAUGAUGGCAGCGGGGCUGGUUUGCGGUCUGACAACCACCUGGAAGGAAGCGGGGGCUCAUCUGGACAUGGAGGAGGCAGCAUGGCUAUCGGUGGAGGUAUCGGCCCUGUGGGGGAAUCUGAACAGUGCCACUCCAACACAUCUACACUUACAGAGCGGGAGCCGAGCUCCUCUUCUUUAUGCUCCAUGGACGAAGAACAGCUGACAGACAUGGAGGUGGUGAGAAGAGUCCUCACCUGCUCCAGAACCAGCAUCAACUUCAUCACUGAGAUCUUCAGACAGGCAUUUCUCCUUCCCAUGUGUGAAGCUGCUGCCAUGCGAAAAGUGGUCCGAGUCUACCAAGAGUGGAUCUGCAUGGAGGACAAGCCGGUGUUUAUGAAAGAGCCAGAAGAGGGCUCAUAUCCCAUAGCAACAGCCAUGGACACAGGCUCAGACAAAGAUGAGGAGGGAAUGAAUACGAUGAUUGAUAACGAGUUGCUGGAGUACAGUGUUCAUGCUGGAGUUCAAACUACACUACAGGUAUUUAUUACUCACUCUUCUAAUGUUUUCUUACUGGAGCCGGCCAACGACAUCAGGUUCCUAUUAGAGGAGCAUGUUGACAUGUGCAAGCGAGUCUUGAACAUCUACCGCAGCCUUGUCAUGCAUGAGACCAUGGACCAAAAGACAUGGGAGCAGAUCCUACUUGUUUUGCUGAGGGUGACAGAGUCAGUGAUGAAGAGACCUCCAUCUAUUAUGCCCCAUGGCAAGAAGAGGAACACACUGUCAGAGAGGCUGGCUGGACCAAUUUUUCAGACAUUGAUUGUAGCCUGGAUUAAGGGGAACUUAAACGUCUACAUCAGCAGAGAGCUAUGGGAUGACCUCCUUUCCGUCCUGUCUUCUCUUACUUGCUGGGAGGAGUUGGUAACUGAAUGGUCCCUCACCAUGGAGACGCUCACAAAGGUCUUGGCCAGGAACCUGUACAGUGUUGAUCUGAAUGAGCUACCCCUGGACAAGCUCAGUGAGCAAAAGCAGAAGAAACACAAAGGCAAAGGUAUCGGUUCAGAAGGCCAACGCCCAGUAGUGGAUCGUUCCUUCUCUAAAGGUUGGAGCCGAGACCAACCAGGUCAGGCAGCAGCCAUGAGACAACGCAGUGCCACCACAGCUGGUUCACCAGGCAUCGAAAAGGCCAGGAGCAUUGUACGUCAAAAGACUGUAGCUCUGCGUAGCUGUUCUACGGGGGACUCGCUGCUGUCCUCAGCCUUUAUCCGGAGUGCUAAGAGUGCUCCUACUCUGGCUCCGCCUCUUCCUGUCCUUCUCCACCACCACCACCACCACCACCCUUUACCCCCCCUUGCUGACCAGCUGGCAGACCUGGAAGACCCGCCAAUCAUGUUGGCAUCCCGCUCAUCUCGGAUGCGCCACUUGUCCCAGAGCGAUGAGACCCCUCCGACCUCGUGCUCCGAGGUGUUCCAGGCAGGCGCUUGUGAGCUCGAUAACCCGGCCCCUUUGUCUCUUGCAAGGAGCAGCAGUGCCUCUGACAUCAUGGAGCCUUUCAUCGCCGAGCGGGUCAAAGGUGAAGACCCACAGGGGGAUUCCGGUUUCAUUCCAAAGUCCUGUCACCCCACUGCUACUCCCUUACUCGCAACCAGUAGCCUCGCAGCUCAGUCACACCCACGUCCGCACCACUUCUCUCCUUCCCCCUUUUCCCACCCCAAUGGGGAUGUUCCCUCAACCUCUCAGGGACAAGAUGAUGAUGUUGGCUCUCAAAGCCAAGGUUUAAGUUCUGAUUGGGUAAGAAACUGGGAUUCUGCCUUCACGUUUUCUUCUGACAGUUAUGAUGCGGAGGAGAAUGAAGGGACAGCUGUGCAAGAGGAGGAGGAUUUAUUCUCCUCUAUUAGGGAUUAUCUCACUCAGAAAGCGGUUGAGAAAAAUGAGGCAGUUGUAGUGGCAGCCAGUCUUGCAUUAGAAAGCAAUGUUCAGACUUCUGUGUCAGCAAAAAACGAUGCAGCUACCAGAGAAGCCGAUUUCAUACAAGAGGCACAAAAAGGUUGUAAAGAAGAUGGGCAGGUAAGUAAUUCAGUGAGGCACAGCAGUGUUGAUUCUGCAGUGGAGAUUGAGGCGGCUCAGUGGAGCAUCUACGAGUGUCUAGAAAUGCAAAGUCAGUGGCCAUCGCUCUGUGCAAAAGGGAGCUCAGAAGGACACAUUGGUGAGACGGACAAAGGGGAAGUAAGUGAAGGGACCACAGUUGGAGGAGCAGAGUGGGAAGGAAAAGGUCAUAAUUCGAGGGAAAUGGGAGACAAAAAGGAUGAUAAAAAUGCAGCUGCAAACGAAAGACCCUUUUUAAUCAGACCAGACUCUAACACGGUAGAAUCUAGCACUGAAGCAGCACAAACUCCCCAAACCUCAGACUCUACUAAGCCCAAAACGAGCCGUAGUCACGCCAAGAGACACCACUCUGGUGGUGUCCACGUUAGCUUCAGACCUUCCACCGAGUCGGUGCAGUUCCACAACCCCCUAGAGAAUAAAGAAGCCCACUGGAAAGCCAGGCUGCGCCGUCUCAGCCACUUCCACACUCAUAGCCAUUCAGCGGGCGAGAGGCCAGGAGCUGGGGCAGGAGCAGGGGGGAAGCUGGGAUUAGGCAGUGCAGGUAAGUUCGCCCCUUCGGCUGGUAUUGGCCACAAAGUAGGAGGGCAUGAAAGACUGGAGGUUAGUGGAGGCCUGGAAAACACGACUGGAACUGGAGCAGGGGAAAAGGACAAACAGCUGCACCCAGGACCCAAUUUGGUACACGAGGUGGAGGCGAGCACUGCAAGUACUUCAGGGGUACGAGGCCGCUUGGGACGGUCUGCCUUGCGCUCUCGGGUCUCGCGCUCUCGGUCCCAAGAGCCCGGCAGUUCUGUCUCUCGACACCACCAGGGAGCUCUCCUUGGCGGGGUGUAUAAAACUGUGGUUCAUGCUUUGUCCUCCAAGCCCCGGCCACGAGGUCAGGGGUCAUCCCAAGGUUCGUCGCCACAGCGGCAAGGGCGGGCUGCAAUGGGUGACGCAUCACUAAGAGACCUCUACUCCCAUGUCCUCGGCUACUUUGGACGAAAGUCAACCACGUCAGCCAACAAAGAAGAGGUGGUCCAGAAAGCCCGUCCAGUCUCCACUGAUGUAGGAAGCAGCAACCCUAAUUUCUCUGAUCUCAUGGAUGAGUUUAUCCAGGAAAGACUGAGGGCGAAAGGAACAACAGACCGCCGUGGCAGCAGCCCAGGCAGUCUAGAAGUUCCACAGGACCUGCCAGAGCUACUGGAGGCUGGCCAAAGUCCUGGAUCGCGACCCCCAGAUGACCACAGGCAGAUUGAUGAUCCGGGAGUUCCAUCAGAGUGGACUUCUCCUGCCAGUGCCAGCGGCUCAGACGUCGUCAGUUCUGACAGCCAGUCCGACUCCUUCAAUGCUUUUCAAUACCCCACAUGCAAGUUUGAUAACUUUGCGUUCAAUUCGGAACCUAGCGGAGGUGGCUCAGGAGGAGGAGGUCGUGGAAGCUCAUUGGAUCAGGAUAGCCUUGGAGGUGCCAUUGCCUGCGACGAGCAUGAAGUAGCAAGUUUGACGACACUUCAUAUCGACUCUGAGACCAGCAGCCUUAGCCAUACAGUCACCGUCACUGGUUCGGAGAGUGUGUCUCCUAUGCAUUCUCUUGGGGGUUCUCGUUCCCAGACACCCUCCCCUGCCACACUUACAGCAGAGCACAUUGAUCGUACACACUCUCACUCACACACGCACUUACAGCUGGACCAGAAGCUCCACAACUCUGUGCUGCAGACUCCAGAUGACUUUGAAACCAGUGAGUUCCCUGGUGUUGACUGUAGCGUGAUGGCAGGGGGCUCCCUCACUGGAUGGCACGCCGAUGUUGCUACAGUAAUGUGGCGGAGGAUGCUGGGUAUUCUGGGAGAUGUGAAUAGCAUCAAAGACCCAGAGAUCCAUGCUCAGGUGUUCGAUUACUUAUGUGAACUAUGGCAGAACCUGGCAAAGAUCAGAGAUAAUUUGGGCAUUUCUCAUGACAACCAGUCAUCCCCCCCACCACCUGUUUUAAUCCCUCCUUUAAGAAUCCUCACUCCUUGGCUCUUUAAGGCCACCAUGUUGACUGAGCAUUAUAAACAGGGAAAACUUCAUGCCUAUAAGUUGAUCUGCAGGAUUAUGAAGAGACGGCAAGAUGUGUCCCCAAACACAGACUUUCUGACUCACUUUUACAACAUCAUGCACCAAGGACUCUUACACCAAGACCAAGACAUUGUAAACACCAUCAUCAAGCACUGCAGUCCGAGGUUCUUUAGUAUUGGUCUACCUGGAGCCACUAUGCUGAUUCUGGACUUCAUCAUUGCAGCUUCUCGGGUCACCUCUUGUUCAUCAUUAAAUGCUCCAAGAGUAGAAGCCCAAAUCCUUCUUGGGUCUCUUGUGUGUUUUCCAAACUUCUAUUGUGAGCUCCCUGCCCUUCAUCCCACCACAGCUGAUGUUGCACUUACAAAGUUCCCUGACAUCAAGGAGCACAUUAUCAAAACUAUUCUGACCUCUGCCAGAGAUGAACCUUCUGCUCCAGCUAGAUGUGUAGCUUUGUGCAGUCUGGGAAUCUGGCUGUGUGAAGAGCUAGCUCACGGAACUCAACAUCCACAAAUCAAAGAUGCUCUCAACGUCAUCUGUGUAACUCUGAAGUACCCAAAUAAAAAUGUUGCACUGGUGGCAUCAGACAUCCUUCACCUUUUGAUUAGUCAUGCAGAUCAUCUUCAGAAAUUCCCCUGUGACACUCCAAAGAAGAUAGUAGAGAUUUUGAUUGCUACUAUCACGCACUUGCUACCUACUACUGAGUCCUCCCCUCAUGAAGUGGAUAAGAGGCUGGUUGUGUCCCUCCUGUUGUGUCUGUUGGAUUGGGUCAUGGCUCUUCCGCCGAAGACUCUGCUUCAACCUGUUGAAAUGCGAAGCUCUGCAGACAAGGAGCAGUCGCCAAAAUCCCUGCUCAGCUGCAUUUAUAAGGUUUUGCAUGGCUGUGUGUAUGGCGCCCAGUCUUUCAGCAGCCCCAAGUAUUACCCAUUGCAGCUGUCAGAUCUGGCAAGUCCAGACUAUGACCCCUUUCUGCCAUUGGAGAGUCUCAGAGAACCCGAACCGCUCCACAGUCCCGAUUCUGAGCGCUCCAGCAAACUCCAACCUGUCACUGAAGUCCAUAGUCAUAUCCAGCAGGGUCUGGUGUCUAUCGCAGCCAGGACUGUAAUUACCCACCUUGUCAACCAUCUCGGGCAUUACCCGAUGUCUGGAGGACCCGCUACCCUCUCCAGUCAGGUGUGCGAAAACCAAGACAACCCAUACUGUGAGAGUGUAGAUCUUGGACCUGAACUUUUCCACUCUCCAAAUCUCCAGUUCCUAUCUUUGAACGGAUCAACCCUGCUCUCAGUGCUUCAGAUCCGGUCAGAGUCUGGUGUGCCAGGAGGUGGAAUUACAGCCGGUUUGUCUUCUGUUCCCACUUGUGUUCGCGUUAUCAUCCGGGAUGUAGCCGGAAAGCACUCCUGGGACUCUGCUGUUCUCUAUGGGCCCCCGCCAUACAUCCCGAGCAGCCCUGGAGACUCCCUUUUGACACACACGCAAUCUUCUCAUUGUAUACAUCUCAAUUUAGACACCCCAACCAAAAAGAUGGCAUUGGAAAAACGAGACGAGAGUCAGGAAGACCAGCAUGAAGAGCCAGAGGGGGGAGGAUGUGAGAAAGAGGGCGAAGGACAUGAGUUGGAGGAAGAGGUAGAAGACGGAAGCAAAGCUGCUAGAGAUGAAAAUGUGCAGCUCCAAGUAACUGGGGAAGAAGAGAAGAAGCAAAGGGAGGAUACCAAGGAACAUAGCAUGGUUGGGGAGGGGGAUAGGGAGGGCUUUGAGCAUCUUCUAGCUCCACCACUGGCAAAACGGAUGUGUCGGGAGGUGGUGCCAGCAUGGGAUUCACUGGGGGAAGGAGAUGAUGCCCUUGAUGAAAUGCUGCAGUACCUUGGUUAUUCGAGUCCUGAGUGUCUACAGAGGGCAGGAAUGCCACUUAAUAUCCCAGUCCCUCCACCAGCUUGUGUUUCGGAGAAGCAGGAGAAUGAUGUGAUUAAUGCCAUCUUGAAGCAAAGUGCCGCCGAGCGAGAGUUUGUCCUCCAUAGAGGUGAGGAGUUUAACAUGAGAGCAGUGGAGCAGAGUGAACCAGAGACUCGUACGCCUCAGUCAGCCUUCUACUACUGCAGGCUACUGAUCAAUAUCCUGGGGCUCAACUCUUGGGAGAAGAGGAGUAAUUUUCACUUAUUGAGAAAAAAUGAGAAGCUUUUGAGAGAGCUGAAGAACCUGGACUCACGGCAAUGUCGAGAGACGCAUAAGAUAGCUGUAUUUUACGUUGCUGAAGGCCAAGAAGACAAACACUCCAUACUCACCAACACUACGGGCAGUCAGGCAUAUGAAGACUUUGUUUCCGGACUGGGUUGGGAGGUGGACCUCACCACUCACUGUGGUUUCAUGGGGGGUCUGCAGAGGAACCGCAGUACUGGCCAGACCACACCUUACUAUGCCACCUCUACCACUGAGGUAAUCUACCAUGUCUCGACCCGAAUGCCCCAUGAUCAGGACCACAACCUCACUAAAAAGCUUAGACACCUGGGUAAUGACGAAGUUCACAUUGUUUGGUCAGAACAUUCCAGAGACUAUCGUCGUGGGAUUAUCCCUACUGAAUUUGGAGACGUGCUGAUUGUCAUUUACCCCAUGAAAAACCACAUGUAUUCCAUCCAUAUCCUUAAAAAACCUGAGGUACCAUUUUUUGGGCCACUGUUCGACGGCGCCAUUGUAGACAUGAAGAUUUUGCCAACAAUGGUCAGGGCCACAGCCAUCAAUGCCAGUCGAGCUCUGAAAUCGCUCAUUCCUCUUUACCAGAACUUCUAUGAGGAACGUGCCCGCUACUUAGAAACCAUUGUGCAGCAUCAUCAGGAGCCAACCACCUUCGAGGAUUACGCAGCUCGUGUCUACAGUCCAGCUCCUUGCACUCACCUGCCUGCUGACACAGGCUCCUGCCUCGAGAGUCUUCGGUCAGAAAGUCCGGCACUUGGGGAGGCCGGGAGCGACUCGGCGUCCCCCAUGUCUCCUCGAACUAGCAAGACGCGUAUGUCCAUGAAGCUCAGACGGUCCUCCGGAUCAGCCAAUAAGACUUGAUGUGUCCCCUUCCAUACCACCUCAUAUUGGCUCGCUCCAUAAGACUAUAAGCUUGAAUUUCAACAAAAUGCAGUAAAUUCAAUGUUUAAUGUUGUCAAGAUUGACUGCUCUGGGGCCACACUAUAUAGCCUUAAGUGGACAGAAACAUAAUAUUACUCCAGAAAUUCUUGUAAUUGUUUAGCUGUGCUACUGUACUUUGUGGGAUUUAACUAAACUGCAACCUUAUUUAAAACUGUUCAAGCUGAUGCAUUGAUAUUCAGCUUUGUCCAGUUUAAAAAAAACAUGAUACCAUGCAACUCCUGUCCAUUGAGGACAAUCUGAGGCUAAAGUGUGGCACCCAGCUGGACUUAUUCAUUGACAUCAAGCAUGUCUGCUCUGUUUGCGAGGUUGUUGAAUAACACCAUGAGAUAUUGUGUGUGCACACACACACACAUA